UGUGUUUUGAUUUCAUUCUUCCUGAAUGCACUGAUCCGCGCCAAUUUGUCUUUGCAGAAAACCCUUUGAGCGCUAACCAAAAUGGCAUCAUCAGAAUCAGUAGACCCACCUAAGACCCCUUCUCAGAAUGACAGUAAUGACACUGAAACCACCGUUGUGGAGGAAGAAGGGAAGACUCUGAGCAAAAAGGCGGCCAAGAAGGAAGCCAUGAAACAGGAAAAACUAAAGCGUCAACAAGAACAAGCAGCUGCCGCCGCCGCUGCGAAUGCUUCUGAAUCUGAUCCUCUUGCGGGAAAUUACGGAGAUGUUCCUCUCGUGGACCUGCAAUCGAAGGCUGUGAGUGGUCGAAAAUGGACGCCAAUUGAAUUGCUGAACGAAGAUUUGAAGGAUAAGGAGGUUUUGAUUCGUGGGCGAGUGCAGACCACCCGUGCUGUUGCAAAAAGUAUAGGGUUUGUGGUGUUGAGAGAGAGAGGUUUUACGGUGCAGUGUGUCGUGACUGUCGCUCCGGAACUCGUUAGUAAACAAAUGGUAAAGUUUGCGACGAGCUUGAGCAGGGAAUCUUACGUUGACAUUGAAGGAAUUGUCUCAGUGCCUGAAUCUGCAAUUAAGAGUACAUCACAGCAGGUGGAAGUUCAAGUGAGAAAACUUUAUUGCGUUGGCAAAGCUAUCCCAAAUCUACCUAUCAACAUUGAGGAUGCUGCCCGAAGUGAAGCAGAAAUUGAGAAAGCUUUACAGGAUGGAGAACAACUUGUUCGUGUUAAUCAGGACACACGCUUAAACUAUAGAGUUCUUGACUUGCGUACACCUGCCAAUCAAGCGAUUUUUCGUAUUCAAUGUCAGGUUGAAAAUAUAUUCCGGCAGUUUUUGUUAUCUGAAGGGUUUGUUGGAAUUCACACACCGAAGUUAAUAGCAGGUUCAAGUGAAGGUGGUUCGGCUGUUUUUAAACUGGACUAUAAAGGUCAACCUGCUUGCCUUGCGCAGUCACCUCAGCUUCACAAGCAAAUGGCAAUUUGUGGCGACUUUGGGCGUGUUUUUGAAAUUGGUCCUGUUUUCAGGGCAGAGGACUCUUUUACACACAGACAUUUGUGUGAGUUUACAGGUCUUGAUGUUGAAAUGGAGAUCAAGGAGCACUAUUUUGAGGUAAUGGACAUUGUGGGCUGCUUAUUUGUUGCAAUGUUCGACAAUUUGAAUGAGAACUGCAAAAAGGAGCUUGAGGCUAUUGGAAGGCAAUACCCGUUUGAGCCUCUAAAGUACUUGAGAAAGACUUUGCGCCUUACUUUCCAGGAAGGAGUUCAGAUGCUCAAGGAAGCUGGUGUAGUAAUUGAUCCUCUAGGUGAUCUAAGCACCGAGGCUGAGAGAAAACUGGGUCAGUUAGUAUGUGAUAAGUAUGGCACCGAGUUCUAUAUUCUUCAUCGGUAUCCUUUGGCUGUUCGACCAUUUUACACCAUGCCAUGCUAUGAUGAUCCGGCAUACAGUAAUUCGUUUGAUGUCUUUAUUCGAGGUGAGGAGAUCAUUUCUGGUGCUCAGCGUGUUCACAUACCGGAGCUUUUGACUACUCGUGCAGAGGCACGUGGCAUUGAUGUCAAGACGAUAACAACAUACAUUGAUUCAUUCCGGUAUGGUGCGCCCCCGCAUGGAGGAUUUGGAGUUGGGUUGGAGCGUGUCGUGAUGCUCUUCUGUGCUCUUAACAACAUCCGCAAAACAUCGCUUUUCCCUCGUGAUCCACUGAGGAUUACUCCGUAGAAUUUAUUUCUCCUUUUUCCAUGUCACAUUUUCAUUGGAUUCUUAAUCAAUAUUAUGAUGGAUGUUAACAUUUUGCU